AUGUCCGCCCAUCCCGAGCCUGCUCUCGAUGUCUUCCCCAGCGCAACCAUCGCGCCCGUCUCACCGCUCAUCUUCUCUGGCUUUCUAGAGCAUCUCGGCCGCUGCAUCUACGGCGGAAUCUUACCUGCAGGCCACACGAACUUCCCUUACACGCCUCGCAACCCAUGCUCCGAAGACCAGUUCAUCGAGACUCCGAAGGAGCUCUUGACCGAGGAAGGGUUCCGUAAAGACGUCUUGGAGGUCCUGCGAGACGAGCUUGGAACGCCCAUGGUGCGGUGGCCCGGCGGCAAUUACGUGAGCUCGUACAAGUGGAAGGACGGGAUAGGUUCACUGGAGGAACGGAAGCGACGCCCGGAGCUGGCGUGGGGCGGGGAAGAGAGCAAUCUGUUCGGGACGGAUGAGUUCAUUGCAUGGUGCCGAGUGGCCAGAAUUGAGCCCUACGUUGUGCUGAACAUGGGGACGGGAACCCUCGAGGAAGCGCUGCAUUGGAUCGAGUACUGCAACGGGGCCGGCGAUACCUACUACGCUAACCUGCGCCGCAAGAACACCGGAAAGGACGAGCCCCACAACGUCAAAUACUGGGGCCUCGGGAACGAGGUCUGGGGUGAAUGGCAAGUCGGGCAGCAAACCGCGUCUGCAUACGCGACUAAAGCGCGCCAGUGGGCGCAUGCUAUCCGGUUGAUUGACCCUACUGUGAAGCUCGUCGGUUGUGGCGAGACCGGGCUUAACCACUGGGACGGCGUAGUCCUGGACGAACUCGUCGACAAGGUCGACUUGCAUAGUAUACACCUGUACACAGGGUUCGGACCGCGAGAUCGAUCGCAGAUCGACAAAGAGUAUGGACGCGCCGUGUACGGCCCCGACGCAGCAGAGUAUUCGAUCGAGAUUUGCAAGGGCCUGAUCAACAAGGCCCGCGUUGCAAAGACCAUCAGCAAGCCGAUCACCAUCGCAUUUGACGAGUAUGGCGUGUGGGAUGAGACGGUCGGGACGCCGGAAAACGGCCUGGAACAGUUCUACAACCUCGCGGACGCCCUGGCGAUGGCCUCCUGGUUGAAUGUGUUUGUCCGGCAGGCGGAUAUCGUCGAGAUGGCGUGCAUUGCACAGAGCGUUAAUGUCAUCUCGCCUUUGAUCACCAGCCCGACUGGGUUGUUCCGUCAAACUAUCUAUUGGCCCUUGUACCUCUUCUCUCGAUAUAUGCGCGGCGGGGUCUCCAUCCGCGUCUCGCUCUUGUCCCCGACCUUCGCCGGAGAAACUCUCCCGCAGUGGGUCUCCUCCGUUAAGGGCCAGCCCAAGGACCUGGACGCCUCGGCAGUCCUCCAUACCUCCGAGACUGGCCAGAAGAGUGUCCGCAUUGCUGUGGUGAACAGGAGUGAGCAUAGUGCCUACACAGUGCCCGUCCGGAUAGCAUUUGUCAGUGCUCCGAAGGAAGUCAAGGCGCAUGAGCUGUGGCACGAGGACGUGAAGGAGCAGAACGGUUGGGGGAAGGAGAAUGAGGUGAGCGUGAAGACGAAGAGGGCGGCUUGGACAGGGAAGUGGACCUUCAGGGAACAUUCCUUCACUUUGCUCGUGUUAGAUGUAGUCUGA